AUGGCGUGUAGUUCAAGUCCUCUCAGAAUAAUCUCUUGGUCCAUAGUUCUAUCGUUUUCCGUUCUGGUGCGUGCCUCCGCUGGGAUUUCAGCUUCGAGUGCAGCACUAAAGGCAAAUCCGUUUCACAAGCUCUUCAACCCUUCUUGGAAGCAGCCUCAAACUAGAAUCUCGUGUCUUUCUGACAACAGGAGCCAGCAUCAAGAAGGAAGGGAGCAUCGCUACCUUUAUGCAUCUGUCGGGGGUGGUCUCAAUCAGCAACGACGAGGAAUAGCCAAUGCAGUAGUUGUUGCAAAGAUUAUGAAUGCUACUCUCAUUGUUCCCACAUUAAUCGUACAUCCGGCCUGGGGUGACCAAAGCAUCCCUUCAGAAGCCCUUGAGCCAGAAUGGUACAUCAAGAAUGCGUUUCCAGUCCUUCAGAAAUACGGGCUCCUUGUGUUGAAUUACUUUUUCAUGCAGCUUCAAGAAGAUCUUCCAACACCACUUCAGCACUUGAGAUGUCGUGCUCAGUACCAUGCCCUUCAGUUCGUGAGCUCUAUUUUAAGCAAGGGUCUUCAGGCUGUUCAUAAGCUUCAGAGCUCUGGGCCUUACGUAGCUGUUCAUCUACGAUAUGAACCUGACUGGAUUGUCCAUACAGGUUGCCUGUAUGAUGAAGCAACAGACGCGUACAUGAAGAAUUGGGCAUCUGAGAGAAACAUUCAAUUUCAGUCCAACGUCACAGAAAGCGAUUUGAGAAAACAAGCAGGUCUUUGCCCCAUAACCCCUCAAGAAACGGCUCACAUUCUGAAGGUAUGUCGGCGAUUUGGUGUUACUGCUUCCACCUAUCAUUCCAAGGUGUCUGUCCAUGCAGGAAAGGUUAUGCGUUUUUGUGUCUAA